AUGAAUCCCCUCGACGCCAAGCUCAUCCUCGACGCUCUCGACAAGCUGUUCGCCGAGCAGAACGCGAGGUGGGAUCGGCGAUUCGCCGAUCUGGACGCCGCGUGGGAUCGGCGGUUGGCUCCUCGGAGCGGUGCCCGGGCCGCGGGGGAGCAGCGGGAUGCCGCCGUCGCGCUUGGCGUCGGCACCCCCGAGCAGAACAGCGCGGCGCAGUCCGUAAUCGCCGACAACGGGGGCGGCCUCUUCGAGCCGCACGACCACGACACGACGGAGCACAUCUACUGCAACGAGCGGCCCUCUGCGGCGCAGUACGAUGCCCCGCAUCCUGCCCCCAUCCCAGAGGAGCGCGUCCUCGACCUCUCAGCGUCCGACACCCCCUUCGGCUCCGUCUUCUCCGGCACCGCCGGCGAGGCUGCCUCCACCGUCCAGUGGAUCGACGACGCGCUCAACGUCCCCGCGUCGCACCCCAUAGAGAGCGGAUCUGAGGUCUUCGGCUACGACACCGUGACGCCACACCUCUCCUCCGCCUCGAUCGUCGCCUCGGUGUCGCCUGCGCGGAUGCUCUUACAGUCGGCCUCUGCCGGCUUCUGCAUCGACGCCGCCCCCAGCAAUACUGCUGACUACGUGCUCACCAAGUGUUCGAUGUAUUGCCGCAGUGGCUUCACUUCCAUGCUGACCACAGCACUGAGCAGUUCUACUCCAACUUGGGUGUCCGCCGUGGUUGUCAACAGCUUUGACAAGCGACCGUGGCCACAACCAUCUCAAGCUCAACCAUCAUUCAAUCUAGUGGAUGAGGGUUCUGCGAGCUGGUGUUCCACUUGUCUAUGGAAGCACGGAUGGCCACCUCCAGCUCAUCGAGAUCACAGAAGCGUACCAGUUGUAAUUGUGAGGAGCUGGAAAGGCAAGAUGAUGGUAACAGUAUGGAAUUUUCUUGCGAUGACUGAAGAAGCAACACAGUGGCAGUGUGACGGUCUUUGUCCGGUUGCCUUAUUUGAGGGGUCUGAGCUUGAGAAUAUUGGGAAAGAAUUCAACUGUCGUAUAUUGCUGGGGCUAGCUGCUGCUACUACUACAGUUAGGCCCAAGAGUUAUUCUGUGGUGUCUAGGCUACAGCAACCAUGGUUUCAGUCUCCGCUACUUCUGAUUUGGCAUUGGAAGCCCCCAUGGUUAUCUUCGGUUCAGCGACUAAUCAGUGGUGCUGCUAAGCUACAGCCUAUGCCAUGGUUACGUUCAGUUAGACAAGCAAUCAGUUGCUGGACCGGAUUGCACAUCAUAUACUUCUGUUUGCCACCAGCUCAAAUCAUCAAUAUGGGAUGCUCUCAGCCCAAACUCAAGUCAGACCUCAUGAUAGUGACUUCAAUGGAUUCUAUUACUCCUGCACUCUGGCCCAUGAGUUUUAUUCCGCUAAUUCAAGAGCACACACAGCAGCGGCAUGGUGGUGUUUGUCGGACUUCUUUGCUCCAGAGGUUUGACCCUGGGAAUACAGAGCAUGGUCGACAACUAAUUCAGGGACCAAGAUUUUGGCAAGCUGAUAUUGCUAAGUUGCAGUUCUGUGUUAUUUCUUCUGGUAGCAUGAGGGGUUCAUCACAAUACGUGAUGCUACGAAGGCUACUUGACAGUGCAACAAGUCCGAGAAAAGUACAAAUGCAUGCCCAGUUGACAGUUACUUGGUCGUCACCUAUUUGGGCAUGCUGUUCAGCUGUUUUAUGGUUCCCGUUGCCUUCAUCCUUACAGCAGAAAUAUGGUGUUUGGUUAUCAGCUUUCAGGGUCCAGGCGUUUCAGUUGCAGUCACUCGUAGUUGAUAGAUGUGGCAUUGGUGAAGAUGACAGUAUAAUCUAUGGUAAAAAAUCUACCGGUGCCCAUGAAGGUCAGUGCCUUGAUGUGCCAGCUGGGGGCUCUUCUCUGCUGUAUAUUCAAAAAUCUGGGAAGCAAGAUGAGAAAUCUGAACUAAAGUUUCUGAACCUGUAUGGACAAUAUGGGGCCUAA